AUGAAAUUGGCAGCCGUAAAUUUAUCUCACUUAGUGAUUGCAACAGUUCAUUGUUUAAUUGCUAUCUCACAAAACUGUGAUCUUGGACCAUCAGAUGUGUUGUUUGUUUUACAAGCUGGCCAUGAUAUUAAUAAUAAUGAUUUCGACGAUUCAAGGAAGGCUAUUGGACAAAUUGUUGAGGAUUUUGAUAUUGGGCCUAGCAAAAAGGUCAACACACCACAGUCUCUACAGACAUGA